AUGCUGAAAAGAGGAACAACUCGUCAAAUAAUUCAAGAUCCAAAGUCUAUGGAGCCCCGAACAGUUUCAAUUUCAUCAGAAGAAAAAUGUUCAACUGAUGACGAUUGUGAUUUAGAAUUAUUGUGCAAUACUAAAACGAAUACUUGUGCAUGUUUUGAACCAUAUUUUUGGCGUGAAGAUGUUCGCGCCUGUUUUGGUUGUUCUCCUGGUUGGUUAAAAUUAAACGCAAAUAAAUGUCUUCUCUAUGCCAUCAGUCAAUCGCCAGGUCUUACAUGGUAUGAAGUUGAGACGACAUGUCAAUCACGAAUUGGACAACCGGUGAUGAUUAGUAAUAUCGAGGAGUUUACAGCUUUGCAACAACAAGUCGAAUAUCUAUUAAAUGGACACGAUCAAUUAGCUGCUACGCUUUAUUUUCAUCAAGGCGCUUGGGUUCAAAUCAAUGAUGAAUGGUCCGAAUUCUAUACAUGGUGUGCUCACGAUGAAAUUCAUCAGUCGUCGGAUUGUAUACAAAUACGACAAAAUGCUCAAACAAAUAUAAUCUGUCUUCAAUAUGUUCCAUGCAUAAACCAAUCUCAAUAUAUAUGUGAAGGAUCAUCUAUUGUUCAAUCGGAACUAGCAAAAAGUAUAGCUGAUGGAGAAAGUUUGGAUUCACAAGAAGCAACAAUGCUUAGAGCUAUAACAACUAAACGUACUACUCCACGAACUACCAUAAAAGCAACUAUAAAGACAACCGUAAAAACAACUAUAAAGACUACCGUAAAAGCAACUGUAAAGACAACCACAAGAACAACCACUAGAACAACGACGCGAACAACGUUAAAACCAACGACCAGGACAACCGUAAAAACAACAAAAAAGAAUUCCAGCACCAAUAUGGCUAAUGCACUUUCAAAUGGAAUUAAUGCUGCUGGCCAAAGUUCCAAUUUAAUAGGAGGUUUAGUCGACGCGCUAACAGAUGGUGAAGAACCGAACGAAUCACAAGAAGAACUUGCUCUUUCAGCUCAAAAUGAAGGCACUUCAAAUAAAUCCUGGGACAAUAUUUUGCUUUACGGCGGUAUUGGUUUAGGUAUCAUUGCACUAAUCGUCAUUAUAAUCGUUGUAAUUUACUAUUUAAAAAGAAAUUCAGCAGAUGCCAAUAAUACAAAAAAUAUAAACAGUACUGAAACUUUUAUCAGCGUUGCCAGUGAAGAAUAA